ACCGAGAAAAAAAAGGGGCGUCCAGCCUUAUAAGGAAAUGUGCGCGCAUGCGCAGAAGGUUAGCUCGGGCCGCCGGGUUCCAAAUUGGAAUGCGGCCCCGGAGAUAGAGCCCAAGAGACGGCGAGGAGCAGCGCCGGGACCCGAGCAGCACACAGCUCCGCCCUUCCUCUGAACCGAGUAGUCAGCCCCCCGGAUCUCAGGCACUCCCGGAACUUUGCUGGAUGCGCGUAUCACGGGACAAUGUUAGGGCAACAACAACAGCAGCAGCAGCAGCCGCCGCCGGGUUUCUACUACUCCCCGGGAGGCAGCAGCGGAGGGCUGGAUGAGAGCCAGCUGUCGACCUAUGUGGAGGAGUAUCUGGAGUGUAUGGAGUCCCUUCCCCUGGAUAUCCAAAGGACCAUCUCCUUACUGCGGGAGAUCGACACCAAGUACAUAGAAGCACUGAAAGAGGUUGAUGAGGUCUCGGAGAAGCAUUCAAAUGAAAGUGACCCACACCAAAAGAAGCGUUUACUACAGCAACUUCAGAGGGCUCUGAUUGUGACCCAGGAACUGGGUGAUGACAAAAUUCAGCUUGUCACACAGGUGCUGGAAUCGGUAGAAACUAGGACUAAGCAGAUCGAUGCCCUCUGCAAAGGCUUCUUUGAGCCAGAGGAAAGUGAAAAGCCUUUGGAAAAGUCCAAAUCUGAGCCCAAUACAGCUGAGCGCUCUACUCGGAGACCUCGCAGACAGCGGAAUAGCGAGAGUCGGGACUUGUGUCACAUGGCCAAUGGAACAGAUGAUGGUGAUGAACCACCCAAAGAAAAGAAGGCCAAGUCUUCCAAGAAGAAGAAACGAACCAAAGCCAAGCAGGAAAGGGAGAUGUCCCCGAUUCCGUUUGUAGUUGACCCCAAUGAGCCAACAUACUGCUUGUGCAAUCAAGUGUCCUAUGGGGAGAUGAUAGGAUGUGACAACGAUGAAUGUGCCAUAGAGUGGUUUCAUUUCUCCUGUGUCGGACUUACCUAUAAACCAAAGGGCAAAUGGUACUGUCCUGACUGCAGAGGGGACAAUGAGAAAACCAUGAACAAAAACACAGAAAAAACAAAAAGGGACCGGAGGUCAAGAUAAUAAUAUGAGGUUUUUUCUUUUUUAAGUGGGUUUCUUGUAUAGUUUUCUGGACUUUUUUUUUGUAUGUGGGAGCGAUGUUUUAGGUAUAAGUGAUACUAAUUUUAAUAGCAUUGCAAUAUUAAAAUUUGUUAUGGCUGUAA